CUUAACACGGACACAGUCUUAUUUUGAAAAUACAAGUACGGAAGUAAGUUUAAUCGCGAACGCUCACUGGACCGCCACACUCUUUUUUCUUUUUUUUGACGGAAAUGAGGGCUAACCAUUUUUUUCCGCGUCAAGUUCGUGGCUGAAAGUUUUCUUCUUCUUUCUUUUUUCCCCCCUUUUGCGGAGGACCAGUCGCAUGCAGUCACAAUGAAGGAGAAAGCGAAGGACUUUUUAUCGCACGGCUUCUCCUCCGGUGUCCACUUCACGUUGCUCUUCACUGACGUCGUUUAGACUUACUUUAAUGCACAACACAUUUCCGUUAUGCGAAGUCCAACUUGUUGGUUAGUCGUCGUGCUGCGGUGGGUGCCCAUCCGAGAUAACGGAGAACGUGAUGAUUCUCAUCCACUCUGGUUACUGCAAUGAAUGGUAACACUAUCCAUCCAGCCAACACCACAACAGCAGCAGGCCAAGGUGUGGCAGUUGCCCAAAAAGGCUGGACGGAAUUCUGCGAGCUGCAUGCCAUCGCCGCAGCCCAGGAGCUGGCCCGGCACUACCGGAGUUUUGCCAGAGAACGACCACAGCAUGACGUGCUUCCACCAGAGACCUUUUCAAAGCAGUUUACCGACCUCUUCCAGCAACACUUCUGCUGUGAGGUCGACAAAGACGGCACGCCACUUGGUCAGAACACAAGCUCUGCCGCCUCCGGUAGCGCUUCCUCAUCGUCUCCAGUGGUCCUUCGUUCUCAGCCUGUAAUCACUCGAGUGCGGACUUUGCCUCGGGUGCAGGACUAUCGGGAGACUGGCAGACCAAAUGGAGGAGCUGCUCCACUGACUGCGUCACCGAAAGUGGAGCCGGUGGUGUUGAGCCGGGAGCAGGAGCUGCCACUGAGAUGCGCUGCGGGAAACUCCUUUUCAGGAUCUCGCACAAUUGGCAGCGGGACACUGGUGAUUCAUAGCCAUAGCAACGAGGAGAUCUCUGGCACAGAUCAUCGCCAGGUAUCUGAACGGUACUCUUCUGACUCUUUAACCUCGAACCCUGAAAACUCAGAAGUCACACAUUUCUCUUUCAGCCAAAUCCGGAAGUCUGUAAAUAAGCUUUUAAAGAAAUCACCCCAAACCAGUCCGCGCUCAUCCCGGGACCUCACUCCUAGGAACCCCACCACCACCAACAGUAAUCUUCCAAAUAAUGGUGACAGAGUGGGUGCAAUUUCCUCCAUCAACGAAGAGGUGUCAUCCUCUUCUUCCCACUCCUCUGAAGCCACACCCACAGCUGCUUCACACCGUCCUGGAAUGAAGGAGCUGAUCAUGGCUCCUUUCAUUAGGUUUCGCAGUAAAAGGCAGAGGCGAUCCGAGGCGAGCGGCUGCUGUAAAGAGGGCCAGUUGAGGUACUUUCUGGUGGACGAAACUGUUUCAGACUCACAGCCCCGCUGGCAGCGUUGCCACCUGCUGGUCAGGAGGAUCAGAGACAUUCAAGGAGGAAGAGGAGCAGGGGAAAGUUACCAGUUGGAGCUCUAUGAUCCUCCAAAGGCCUCCAGUCCCAAGUUGACGACUCACUGCUCAGAUAUCCAAGAGGUCCGGCGUUGCAACCGGCUGGAGAUGCCUGACAAUUUUAACACGUUUGUUUUAAAGGUUAAUCGAGGUAGCCUGAUAUUUGAGACGGACAACGAGCAGCAGGUCAGCUCCUGGACCACAGAGCUAAAAGAGUGCAUCAGCAGCAGGUCAGUCAGCGUGGAUCUGGAGCCCCUCCCUUCCCCGCCUGACACUUCUGCCCCAGCCAAUCACAGAGGGAGCUCAGAGCCAGAAAGUCAGAGUCAGCCUCCUGUCACCUUCACCCUGCCAGAGCAGGCAAUCCAGAAGACAGAUCACUUCCUGUUCUCCUACCCCUGGUUCCAUGGACCCAUCUCUCGCGUCAAGGCGGCCCACCUGGUUCAGAGCUCUGGGCCAGAGGGACAUGGGGUGUUUCUGGUCCGGCAGAGUGAGACACGCAGGGGCGACUACGUCCUCACCUUCAACUACCAGGGAAAAGCAAAGCACCUGCGCCUCUCUUUGACAGAAUGGGGUCAGUGUAGGGUGCAGCACCUGCGCUUCCCAUCUGUUAUGGACAUGCUCAGUCAUUUCAGACUCUUCCCUAUCCCACUGGAGUGUGGAGCCGCCGGUGCUGUCACUCUGUCCCGCUUCGUAGUGGCGGGCUCCACCCCGCCUUCACAGGGUCAGCUCUCAGGCGCUUUCCUCGUCCCGUUCUCCCUCCAUCGCUGGAGCUCUGAGCCCAGCUUGGCUCACUGCAGCCUGGCUCGCAGCUCCAGCCAGCCCCCUUCCUCCUGCUCCACCAACACCACGGCCAGCACCAGCUUUUCCACUUCCAGCUCCUUUUCCCAGUCUGGAAUCCAUUCUUUUACCCGCACCGGCAUGGUCCCUGAGCCCACGCUGUCAGCCCCGCCUCCACUCCGCCGGAGCGAGUCAGUGGGAAGGAGGAACCUGCUACGCCACCCCAGCACCCACGCUCCCAUCAUCCCUCAGCGGGACUCAGACUAUGAGCUGGAACCUGACCGCGGUCGCAAGCGGGCAAUAGACAACCAGUACAUGUUGCUCUGACCCCGCUGAGUGGAACACCUGCAACACCUCUAAACGACAGCAGACACCUGUGAAGCUGACACACUCAGACACACACAAACACACUUGUGUUCGCUUGUCGUUCCCUCCCACAGGUAUAUAACCUGAUUGCAGCAGACUCAUGAACUUGAGUGAAGAAGUCUUUGUCUGAUGAAUGCAUACCACUGUGUAUGUGGAAACACACACAAACACUCGCUUUGUGCGUGUGUGUGUGUUUACCAGUGUCAGACCCUGACAUCCUCCACCCAGACUGUCCACAGUGAAUGUAUUUUCGGAGCUUUAUAACAGUGCUGAUUAUUAAUGUUGAGGUUCUCUGAGAGUGGGAGAGUCAAAUGACUAUUGACCUAAAGCCCAGGCAAAAAAUAGUUUUCUAUAUUUCUAUUCUGGUCAUUUUUAUAGAGGUGCACUUGUUUUCAUUUCUUUGGCACUUAACCUGAACUGAUGGGAAGGCACUCCCUGCAAAAUUGGUUAAUUUAAAAUAUUUAAAAGACAUUUACUCUCCACACAAAGUUUCCAGUGUGGAGCAAACUCCCACCUUUCUUUCUUUUUUUUGUACACAGACAAAGAGCGCUCAUUUUAGAGCAUUAUUACAUUAGAUAUUCUCCCACUUGUGCUUUAUUAUGUAUUGAAGUAUAACUUCAGUGCACUUUGAAAGCAAUGUGUAUUAUUUUCUAUGCACAGAUUCUUUUGUAAAAAAAUAAUAAUAAUAAUUUUUAUUUUUUUUUUACAGUGAAAAAGGGGAAACUUUUGUUACAUUUUGCUAAAAAUGGAUUGAGCACCGCUUCCACUCCUUCAAACUUACAGAGAAGAACGGAUUCAGAAUUAGAUUUUCAUCACCGCUCUUUCAUUUUUAACCCAAAUCUAAGUUUGAGUUGUGCAUCAUUGGAUGUGACCGUUGUAGUUUAUGUGAGAAUAAAGCAAGUGUGUGGUGUUAUGUUGAAUUUUCAUCACCUAAGGCAGUAAUACUCAACUUAUGGGCUAAAUCAGGGUCACUUUGAGUGUCAGCUGGACUAUCUACCCUUUCAGAUUUACUAAAGAAAAAGGAUAGACGAGGUUCCGGCUCUUUAAUUGUACCCAAAGCAGCUGCAGCUACAAUCCAGCUGCUGAAUGCCAUAAAAGAUAUUAUUUACUUGUAAUAUAGUCAGGUAUUUUAAAAAUAAACUAUUUUACAGGAGAGUAAAUUAUUACUGUUAAGUUUAUCUGAUAAAUAUUAAUGUUUAUUAACUGGCUCGUGGCAUCCGAUCACUUUUCAAAGGGACACCAGGUCAAAGCAAGUUGAGUAUCUCUGAUGCAAGGUACAAAAAGCAAAAACAAAGCACCACAGAAAUCAUCUCUGCCACAAAAUCAGAGAAGCUGGAGUGAUAAAGUAUCAAGAGAAUUUGAAUAUGUUGCCAUCCUGCAGCCCUGUACUGUGGGUUUAGAUGGUCUGUGGAUAUUAGUACAAGCACUUUUUAAGAGUUUGAAGUUUCAACUGAAUUAACGACACAAAAUUGUACUUCUGCUCUGGUUUAUAUGCUAUAAGAUGUGACGUGUAAACUUUUUCCUCCAUUGUCACAGGUUUACAGGCAUUUAAGAGCUCAUAAAACAACCUUUAACAGCAAUAACUCUGAGUCAUUGUUUUCUGGAUCGGUCUCGCUCAUAGUUGAGGAGCAAUUUUAUCCCACUCUUCUUUUGCGGGCACUCAUUGUGCACACCUCUGUUCAGGACCCACUGCAGUAUUUCAGGCUGCUGUGGUUGGGAUCGUCGUCCUGUUGCAUGACCCAGUUUCAGUCAAGCUUUAGCUUUCACACAGAUGGCCUUACAUUUGGCUCUAGAAUACUUUGGUAUAUGAAGGAGUUCCCGGUCGACUCAGUCGAUGCUUGAACGUUGGUGUGACAGCUUUGUGCAGGUAUGCUGAGAAGAGGCUGUCUCCUUCCAAACAAUUCAUACUUGUUCUGUCAUGGACUUUAACAUUAAGACAUGUUAAAUGUGCUAUGGAGGUGCUCACACUUGCAGAUCGAUCAAUUAAGUGCAUUUAAUUUGCAGCACUUGGUUGCUUCUUACUUUCUUAAUUACUAUGGAAACAAUAAGGGUCUUCUUAGUUUAUCUGCAUAGAGUAAUAGGUGAUUUAAGCGGUCUCUUUUUGUUUUUUCAGCAAUACCUUCACUGCAUUUUACUGAUUUUGUGGCAUGGAGCGAUUUACCAAAAUAAGACUUGGCACUCCAAUGUGAAUUUUGCACUCGUAUGUCAAAAAAACAAAGACAUGAACUUGAAUGGCUUCACUCCAAAGAGCACAACGGGGGGAAACUUUAUGUGCAGACCAAAACAAAGUAGGAAUUGAGUCAAAGUCGGGCAUUUAACACAAGUCUAAUUGAUUUAUCCUUCACGUUGUCUGGAGUCUCAACCUUUUUCCAAUCAGUUUUGCAUUGGGCUGUUAAUCUAGCAUUAAACCCUUAAUGCUCUGGAAAAACUGAGGUGGCUCAGUUAAUAUUAACAUGUGCUUUCCUGAUUUGGGGGAGGAGCGUCAUGUUCUUAUCUGUAUUUUUUUACACUCACAGCAUUAAUUAUUUUUUAGUAUUUUCUGUGUAACUUCACCACAGCAGCUAAAAACCAAGGAAUGGCUGUGAAGUUAAUGUCUUUUUUUUUUUUACACUAUAUGUUAUUUGUAAUAGAAUUUGUAUGUUUAUAUCAUAGAGAAAGUUUGGUUUCAAUCAGCAAAGCUUUGAAAGUGUCCAAACGUGACAUGAGAUGUUAGACACCAGUGAUCGGACGCCGUUUCUCUGUCCUCCAGCUUCGUGUUUUUGUGCACUUAAACUGGAUUUAAUCGAUAACAUAAGGUGCCUUGUGAGUUUGUCAUCAUAGCUUUUGUAAGGCUUAUCCCACCAGUUGAAAGUGCACCGACUAUGCCAGGUGUCAACUCAGGUGUAAAUUUUAUUGCUGUGAGCUGAUUUAAAAAAAAAUUCUCAUUCCACCAUGUUGAGUUUCUUCAGCGUCAAGGGCGUCUAAAGAGCUGAUUUUUACCCCAGACUUUAUGGUGUUCUCGUUUUUCAAACGCCAAACAUGAAAUGUCAUGUUUUCUGUAAUUUUUACUUUAUUUUUAUUUUAAUAAUUGAAGCUUCAGUGCCACUAGCAGCAGAAUUUUUGGGGGAAUGGUGUUGUAGGACUUGUAUGUCUUCUAACCUUGCUUUAACACUAACUUUAGCAGAGGAUUUUAGGUUUACUUGCAGUAAAUCUGUGCUUAAUAUAUGGUUUAGAUAUGAUUCUGUUUGUCUCUCUGUCAUCUUAAUUAUUGCAGUUUGCUGGGGAGGUUUCUUUCCUUUUUUUAAAAUAAGAGAAAAAGAAAAAUGCAUAAAUGCAACUUGACUCCCUCCUUGUCACGAUCAGAGCGAGAUCAUUUUCAUUACUCCUCUAAUAACAAGUCAGCUUUGUCUACCGAAGGAAUAUUUGUUACAAUGGUUGUGUAGUUCUCUUUAAUGUAAUCAUCAUGAUAAAGACUGACAUCUUUCAAGGGGAACAAAAACAAGGAUGUUUUUGGCAAAAGUACGGUUGGUCUUCCUAACUUUUAUGUUGCUCAAAGUCAAAACAAAUCACCAUCUCCAUCAACACCUCUGUUUCUCUUCUGCUAAACGAAAGCAACGGUAACAGUAACUAUUUUUAUAAAACACCAGUCCCUUCUCUUUGCUGAUUUCCCUUUAAGGGAGAAUGACUGUGCCUUUUGCCAGAAAGCUGCUGUUGCUUUUCCCCUUUUUUGUUGUUGUUUUUUUUUCCUCUCCAGAGCUCAGGGUGUGAUUGUGUAGUGCAAUAUCUGAGAGACGCCCCGUGCUUCACACCGUCAUGUUUGUAGCUAGGGAGCGAUCAGAAGCUUGGAUGGAUGGCUUUCGGUGUUUGCACCUGGUCAUAGAUUGAAGUAAAAAAUAGUCGAUGACUGCCCAAGAUCCUGGGAAAACAUGCUAUGUUAGAAAAAAUAAACAGGGCUACCGCGUAUUUCUGUUGCUUCAUGGCUGAUAUUUGCAGGAAUCGAGAUAAUGCAAGAGAAAAUCCCCAUGUACCUCAGGGGUCUUUUAAUCUUUAACAUCUACUCCAGAAACGCCCCCACUCACCCCCCAAAUCCAUGUUUUAUUUUUUUAAUGUCCAGUAGAUGAAUGUAAUGUGUUCUCAAUACUGUUCAUCCUGUUUUUUUUUAACUCACCACUGUAAACAUUCCAGUUUAACUCAUCCCUUCUACAGCCAAUGAAAACCACCCUUGAAAAUCUGUCAUUGUGUUUGCAUCCCUUUGAGCAUCUAAAUUAUAUUAAAUAUAUAUCAACUGUAUAUUUGACCCAUUUUUUUAAAAUAAACCCAACCAAAAAAAA